UGUAUCUUACUCGCGCACAAAAAGCUAUUUAUAUGUAAUGAUUGAAAUACCUAUUUCUACUACGGGAUAUAAAUAUUCUCUAUAUUAUGCGGAAACUCACUCAGUGCCUAUACCGCGUGAUUUGAAUCUCGAACAACAGCGGGACAAUCAAUCAAUCAUACUAAAUAAUCCUCAAAGAUAUAUUGGUCUAAAUGAAGAAAGUUCCUUUUAUUUCGAACUAACCAGAGAUGAAUACGAAAUUAAUGAAAAGUAUGAUUCUCAAUCUCAAAAUGCGUAUUCUAACUUGAGGCCUAUCCAAAAGAAAUCGUGUUUACUAGCUCUAUAUAUGGACGAUGUUCAAAAUAUUCUAAAAUUAUGCAAUUUUCAUUAUCAAGAAGAGUCAGAAGUUCACACAAAGAUUAUGAAAAUAUCUAACAAUCAAUUCUUAAUAAAUGCUGAGGCAAAAGACAAUUGGGUUAUGCGUUGUAAGCGUAAUCCCUCAAAACAUAUACCUACUUGUAGGUACUGCAAAAUAAAUUUAAAUUGUGAUUGUUCUUUGAUGAUCAAUGAUAAUUAUAUACCUGAGCGAAUAGGUUGCGUUAUGGAUUCAACGGAAAUCGAGUACAAUUAUCCCAUUAACAUACCAUUCAUACAUCAUUUUAUAAAUGAAGAAUUAACGGUCAACAUGACCGGCUCCGAAUUAGACUCAGUGGAGCCUAUGAUAAACCAUGAAAAACUACCGGUCACUAUGACAUCAGCUAGAUGGCAAAACGCUAUCAAAUCCGAGGGAAUAAUAAAAACAGAUGUUAAACAUCUUGCGGAAGCUGUAAGGUCUAAAAGACCUCUACAUUUUUCAGAGGCGGAUCAAUUGAGUUUUGAGAUGGGUGAUUGGGACUUUUUCGGAAUAAAUAUAACCGAUGUGAUAAUUUAUGUUUCUUUUGCUCUGGCUGUGAUCGCGAUCAUAUCUAAUAUUUAUGUGCUAACAAAAAUAAAGUUUAUAUUAACUACUAUUCUGUCAAUAAAGAGUGUAAUGAAAGCGGAAGGUCGCCAAUUCAUUGUAAAGUCCAUGCGAGAUACUACUACGAGUCCCACUCCAGAAAAUAUGAAAUAUUUAAAUGUCACCCAAACUUGGUCAAUCAUUAUAUUGACCAUAAUGACAUUUUAUGUACUAGUGAUGACGAUUAAGUUUAUGUUGAAAGCAUGGCGUGCCGUGUGCGGAAAGCGAAGUGUACAUAGGAAAUCUAGAAUGAUAUUAGAAUUAUCUUCAUUGAGUCAACGGAUGACGAUACCAAUAACAAAGUUACAAUAUGGGUAUGAAAGGUGU